GACUAUGCACACAGACUGACAACAGAUGAUUUUGAAGUCUACUUCAGUGGAAAGAAAAGAAUUCUCCCUCAGAACACUGAUCUGAGGGAGCUCUGAAAGCCAGGAGAUGUAUGUUUUUAACCUGACGUCACUCACCGAGUCUGAAAACGUCUUGUCAGCUUUGGUGUAUUAUUAUAUUGGUGAUCUGCUGCAUGCUAGGCCAAACUGUUCCCAAUCCAGAGGCUGUUCUCGUCAUGGGCACAGGAAACCUGAAAUUCAGAUACAUCUUUCAGUUUGGACCUUUCCUUCUGCUGGGAAUCAGACUCGGAGCCUGGGACAUUUCCUAAUAAAUGUCUCCACUGCUUACCAGGAUGUCCUUUCCUGGCAGUGGAAGGAUAUCACUGAGCUCCUGCAUGAAGCGAAACAAAACAAUGACCUCCUGAUCAGUGUCAAAAUGGAUCUGACCAGCCAUCACCCCUGGAAAAGGGCACCUUCUCGCUAUGAACCCUACAUUCUGAUUUAUGCCAAUGAUUCUGCUAUUUCAGAGCCAGAGAGCGUUGUCUCUAGUCUGCAAGGACACCGUCGUCCUCUGGCAAGGGUCUUUCCCAGGCCAGAAAACCAUGUGAGGAGCAGCCUUGGGAAGCGUCGGAGAAAACGCUCCGCAAACAUUCUGUUGCCAUUACAGAAUAAUGAGCUUCCAGGAGCUGAAUACCAGUACAAUGAGGAUGAGAGAUGGGAAGACAGAAAACCCUACAAAACCUUGCAGCCACGGUUGGCAGAGAGAACAAAGAGUAAGAAAAAGCAGAGGAAGAAUCAUCACCAGAAGAGCCAGACUCUCCAGUUCGAUGAGCAAACGCUGAAGAAGGCGAGGAGGAAGCAGUGGAAUGAGCCAAGGUAUUGCGCCCGGCGCUAUCUCAAGGUGGAUUUUGCAGACAUUGGCUGGAGUGAGUGGAUUAUUUCCCCUAAAUCCUUCGACGCCUAUUACUGCUCAGGGGAAUGCCAAUUCCCAAUUCCAAAGGCCCUGAAGCCAUCCAACCAUGCCACCAUCCAGAGCAUAGUGAGAGCUGUUGGGGUUGUCCCAGGCAUUCCCGAGCCUUGCUGUGUUCCUGACAAAAUGUCUUCUCUUAGUAUCUUAUUCUUCGAUGAAAACAAAAAUGUGGUUCUUAAGGUGUACCCCAACAUGACAGUGGAAUCCUGUGCAUGCAGAUAACAUCUUGGGAGACCCCUUUUGAAAUGCUGAGAAAAAACAUAAAAAUCCAAACAAUGAGGAUGGAAAUGGAAUGGAUUCCAAAUAUCAGUUCCAAGUAAAGAGAAUAUGAACUUCAUUCAUCUCUGAACUUGACCCAGAGACAAGUCUUGGCAAUGGGGACUGACUGUUUCUGUUGAAAUCAAGAGGUGAAAGAGGAAUUUGCAGAAGACUCUUCAAGGUUGUUGAGACUGCCAGAAGGACAUACUGAUCUAUUUUUGUACCAGAUUUUGGAAGCAGCAGUAGCUAUUAAUUUUUGUCUCCAUUCUUAUGGUGACUAAUGGGUAGGGAGACUAGAAAUAUACUGUUCUCCAUUUUAAAGGUAAGCUUUCUGCCUUAGGUUGUUGAGUAGUGCAGCAAGGAAUAUGAACAAGUCCAACAUCCUAAGAGCCUUAAAUAAUCCAAUUUAGACAUAUAUCUCCUUGGUAUGACAUGUCACCAACUGCAUGUGUGUAUUCAUUUUCAUUGACGUAUUCUUCGUAAUUCAGCUUAUUUAGAUGUCAGUGCCUUCAGUUGGAAGAACACAAAACACACUACUGCUGUGUGCAUAAUUGUGAUAUCUCAAAAGCAAAGACUUUUCUUUCAUGCCACUAUGGAAACUCAGCAGGCCAAGGGUAUGAAAGUAUCACGCUCAGUGAAGUGUCUGAGUGACUUGUUCGCAACACAUAUUCUAGAACAUAGCUGCAAAUAAUCUAUGAGUAAAUCACGGUAGUUGAUUCCUGAAGUGAAAUUCUUUGGUGCACAAUUCUUAUCUGCAGGCUUUCACUAAGAUUAUUUGUUCAAAACUGCCUCUGGUUGGUGAGUUUUGAUUGUUACAUAAAUCAGAUAGUAGAUUUUUUUUUUCCUAUCUCAAGUUCACUUCUACUCUGAAAAUGAAAUUUGUGGUACCUAUGCUGUCAAUUUAAAUUUCUUUUAAAAAUUCAUUUGAGAAACUACAAGCAGGAAAGAAAACAUCUAAUGAAUCUCAGGCACAGCUGCUAAAAAAGUUUGUUCUGUUACAGAGUAAAUGUUCACAGAAGUACUUUAGACAGAACCCUGGUUCCAUUUCCAGCAGCAGGAUCUGUAGAGGAUGAUGCUUUUUAAAGCACUUCUGACUGGUGGGAGAGAUGGUUUAGUUUGCGCUAAGAGUAAACAUCAAACAACCUUUUCCGUGAGUUACCUACAUAACUGACUCUCUGAAAUAGGGCAAAUAUUCAUAGGGAAUAAAUUAAUUCCCCACCAUCAUGAAAGUUCUCUACUACGGAGCCAGCAUUCUGCAGCGUAUUGAAGGUGAAAACAGUUUUCCUAUCUAUGUACAUGCCUUUUGGCUGCUUCAUAGCUAUUUGGGGCUGGUUUAAACACUUGGUCAUUGAUCUUUGUAUUUGGUCACUGGUGCUAUUGUGUUUACCAACCUGAGUAAUGUGCAUGUGCGAAGGUGUGAGAGGUGUGGAGGUAGAAUAGGUAGCCUAGGGAUCCUUUCAGCAAACACUUUUUACCUGCACAGAGUCUCAGUUGAAGCUGACAGGAGUUUAACUUUAAAAAAAAAAAAAAAAGAAAAAAGAACACCAAUUAGUCCCAGAUGCAAGUUAUGCUUGUGGCCCUUCCCUUACCCUGCUUGAACAGCAUGCUCCUGCAGUCAGGUUCCUGGAGUGUCACUGGAUACAUGUUUAUUGGCUCCAAUUAAGCAAUGCUAAUUAGCAUAGCUAUCCAACCUGAUUGCAAGAGCUCUGUAGCAGCGUAUUGCCUUGAAGAAUCUGUUUGCUGGAACUGGAAAAGUCUCAAUUUCUAGAGAACAAGUGCCAUUUUCAGCAUAUAGGAGCAGAACUGCCAUCAAACCCAAGCACAGAACCAAGUGUGAAGCUGUGCACAUUUAGAUCACGGUUCAUCUGAUCCACUUCCGCAUGCAGAAGAGAAGUCAGACAUUCUGUAUGCAAAUCGGAUGGACUUAAAAACAGGAGAAAAAAGGCUGUGCUUUUCUCUUGGCUGAAAAGACAAGCCAAGACAACUAAGCUUUUUUUCACAGCUGUGUCUUGGUAAUAAAAAAGAGCCUGUCUUUCUGGUGCAGAGCUGUGUGGGCUCCUGUCUGGACUUUAAGGACAGGCAGAAGCAGUGAUGUGCACAGGCUACCAGUACCAUAGGGCUCACCUUUUCAUCCCCUGGUCCGCUUCUGGGCCUGGUAUCAUUAGGACACAUGGGGGAUGCCACUGGUUAAACUGGGAGCUGACUCGGAUUUUCAGUAGACAUCAGGCCCUGCAAGCAAAAACAGAUGCAGUGAGUUUCGAUAGUUGUCUUUUGUAAGAGCUGCACAGGUAAGUCCAUCAUUUUAUACAAUUCAGUGUGACAAUGGCUAGUAUUAAAAAACACAGAAGCUCAAACAAUAAACCUAGCUAAAUCUAAUAUCCAAUUUGUAGCGAACUUGUGGCAAAAUAGAUUUCAUAGAGCUUGGCAAGGCAACCUUGGCUUUGUGCCAGUACGUCGCAUUUCUUUGUUCAAGGUGAUCUGGCUGGUGAUGAGUACCACUCUUACCACCAGAAUAAUUUCCUUCACAGUGUUUUUGAGACUCGAGGUGCACAUCUCUUGUCCUGAGUAGAAAGGUGGGAGCUGCUCAGUAGCCCCCGAGGGCUGGAUUUCUCAGCGCAUCGCCCUGUACUAGGAUUACAGCACGUACCUCCCUUAGAAUAGCACCAGACUACACCUCAAACAGCACAGAGGAGAAAGUACCUCACAGUUUUCUAACUCCCCAUGGGAGGGCUGGGGGGAAUCAUCCUACUGCAAAUGAGACUGCUGCCUUGGAGAAGGGCAGUCCCCCAGGGAAAACUCAGGGGGAAUGGGGACCCCACAAGAUGAGGAGUUGCUGAGCCCCAGCCCCCUGCUUGCUGGGGAUGAAUUGGAGUGUCUGGUUCUUGAGCAGAAGGCCAGGACUGAGCUGAGCCCAGCUCAAUCUGUGAAUGGUGUCUGGCACAAGCAGUACUGGGGACAGGGCUCCUCAGAAGAAAAUGCAGAGGUCAGAUGCACCCUGGCUCUCUCCUUGGAUGGUAGGAGAGUUACCAAGAUCAGAAUAGGGUGUUGGCGGCCAAGCUUCCCAACUCCUGUGCUGCAGAGCAGAGGCACUAACAAAAUAUAGGUGUUUCCUCAGCACAGCCAUCUGGGGCAGCUGUGCUCUGAGUCACAAUUUGGGACUGAAGCCGAGUCCAAGGCUAUAGGCACUGCUUUCCAGUGCUGUGAUGAGACAGCCUGGAAAUGACCUUAAAGGCAUCACCUGAAAAUGAACAUGAAUAUGUUAAGCUUGGUUUUCAGUGGGCUACAGCAGGACCUUGUCAUGAACCGUAUCAUGUAGAAUAGGUGCAGUCUUCCAGGCAAAAUGUGAUCUUGCUCUUCCAACUCUGUGCCGAGUGUUCUUUUAAGUUAACUGUAUAGAAAUGAGACAUUUUAUGCCCACAACUUGUUUUACAUUUGAAUCUGUAAGCAAAACUUUCUAUAUAAAGCCAUGUCUAGCAUCAGUAAUAUAUUAAUCACAAAGGAAUUGAUUUCUUUAUAUAACUCUGUAUUAGUAGGGACCUCAAAAUAACUUCCAACUCAUUAUUAAUCACUGUUUUAAUCUCAGAUCAGCAUGGGAAGCUUUACCUACCUGUUCUGGUUUUUGAAAUACUAUUAAUUGAUAAAUGGCUCUGCUUUCCAUCUAAUUACGUGGUAUGUGAUGCCCGUGCAUUAUUUUAUGGCUGGCUUAAAAGAUGGGGAGGAGAAUACCUUGAGCUACACAAGCUCUCUCUUCAGGCUCUUCUGGGAGCAAAGCCCCCAGUGAGGAGCAGACUGUGAGGAGGCUGCUGCAGAAAGCUCUUGAAAAUCUCACUCUUGGAGACUGAAUAGAGAAUCUCACAGUAAGUGUGCAAAAUACAGAGUGCAAAAUAAAAUUUGCUUAUCCUGCAGUGUAGUACCUUGACACAGGAGAAUUGCCUGCUAGAACCAAUGGUGCUGUUCCCUGGGAGGGUCACAAGGCAGGUUGUGUUUUUUGCUUUGUCUGGGGGCCCUGACCUUGCAAGAAGCAGGGCAGGCACCUUUCAUGAGGUGCUGAGCAGCCCUGGGGUUGCAAGUCACUGUGCACCGCUGCAGGGCUGGCCCAAAAGCUUUGCAUGCUCAUCUCUGAGGAAAGGCUCAGCAGUUUUCAGGAUGUUUUCUUUAGCAACCCAAUUCUUGUAAAAACAGCCUUUUAAAAUGAUUUCUGUUGAAAGGUUAAACUUUGUACAGGUGAUGUCAAUUAAAAAAAAUUAAAAUAACCCCCCAAAAAGAAAAGAUAUUUUGUAUAUGGAAAGAAACUUUAACAGAUGCUUUUAAUUUAUUUAAUAUCUGUGGCCAUCUUGUCCUCUUAAUGUUUUCUUCUUUAUCACAGUGCUCUUUAAACAAUACAAUUUUCUCUGUUGUUGCAAAGAUGAAAUGCUAGGACCGUAGUCAAGUUCACGAGGACAGGUCGCAGCCACACUGUGAAGGGCAUGUUUCACUACUGAUGUAUAAGCUUGCCUGAUUUGUACUUUCUUCCCUACAAUAAUGGGAGAAUUUCACUAGGAACUCUGGAAAAAAUAUAAAAUAAAAUAACUUGUU